AUGCAGGGAACACAGGCGUCUCGAUACCGCACUGUCGAACUCCACUCCACCACACAUACUCCCACCGUCGGUGGCUUUGUCCAGCCAAACCAUAUCGACGCCUCCUGUGUCUCUGGCCGAAAAAGUUGGUAUCCUGACUCUGUAACCGACAUACUCGCCCAGGCCGACCUCAAGUACAUCAGGCUCGGCCCCCUUUUUUCGAACCAGAUCGUGAAAUUCUCCAAUCGAUAA